AUGCCCGAGAGCACAAGUGUCCCUCCAACCACCGGAACCCAGAUGGCGUGGGAGCCCAAGCUCGAGAGGACUACAGACUUGUACGGGAGAAGGAUCGACCAACAAUACGACAAGAAAUUGUCAAUGAUCUGGAGAGCACAUAGUCGGCAAGAUGUGGAAUGGAGUGCGGCAGGCUUACCGGGCGACAGCUGGGCCUGGGCCAUGUCAUAUACGGUUCGACAUGUCAAGAGGCGAGUGUGGGCGGACGAACAGCAAGGGAAGCGUGGUCGAUGGACGAAGGCGAACCGGCGAGAGCGUAGAGACGGCGAGAGAAGGGAAGACCAGACACGAGGAUGGCACCAGAGCGGUCUAAUAGAAAAACAAGUUUGGCGAGCCACAGUGAGCCGAUAUCGACAAAAGAUGGAUCGUAGCGUGAGGGACGAAGAGGACAUUGUCGAGAAGAGGCAAACGCCUUUUGCCACGGUGCAACUUGACGCGUCUCACACCGGAGUAAGAGUGGAGGCCAGGAUUGAAGAAAAACGGAGCCGAGCCAACAGGAGGGGAACGAGAGUAAUCCGCCGAGAGAGAGAAGAGAGAGUGGCAGGAUCGGGGACAUUGUACGAGAGGCGAACCCAGUCGAUUGACGAGAUGUUCAUGAGCGUCGGCCGACGAAGAGCCGGUGUCGACAUACAGAGCGUCGCCAGUCUUCGUAAGAACAAACGCACGGCCAGUGGGGUCAUGCAGGACUUUUGCGCCAGUAGAUGGUUUUCCGCGCACCUUGUCGCGACGAGCGCGCUUCGCGGCGAGCACCUGACCACGUUUCCCCUCCAUUGUACCGCCAGGUUGGAAGCAGUCGAGAGCCUCGUGGUUCGACAUGCCACAGUGGGAACAUCCUUUGCGCGGCUUGGCGGACGCUUUAGCAGCGGGCACAGUGGCGAAAGACGUAGUGAGGGACAAGCCAGGCAAAGAGCCGGUGGAGACCUGCCACUCGAGUUCGAGGCGCGACAUUAUGUCGUCAGAGAUGCUCUUCAUGCGGUCGGCGGUCUCCCUGUAGGGCUCGCUGCGCGUAAAGCGUAUGGAGAAGAGUUCCCUCAGCAAGAGGAUUUGCGCAAAUGCGCCCUCAAUUUCGUGGCGAACCAUCAGAGUAACUCGAGUAGUAUAUGUCGUAAUAUUGAGGGCUUCGUCCAGGUGCAAGAACUUGCGCUCGGAAGGAUCCGGUUUGUAGGCGAUGAAUGCGUGGGCAAUGUGAUCUCGUUAUACUCUAUAGACCCUCCAAACAGAGGUGUUUUAGGGAUGAGUAUAAGCGAAGAAUGCUCUGAAAGUGGGGCUCAUCACGACGAGAGCCACAUCAGUGCGUACACAAUCAUCACCGGGACCGAAAGUCGUGAGAACUGGAUUGAUGCGCAGGCAGAAAAAGUUUCGUCGUUGGCUUCUGACCUCAGAGUGGCGAGGAGCACGCAUCGAGACAACAAAUUUGAUCCAGUUGCAACACCGCCCAAGUGGUUUACCUGCAAUUUUGCACGCGCGUCCGCGCUGAACGGCGGUGAUGACGGUGAAGAUAUCUCCUUUGUUGCCGAUCCCUUCCCUGGUGGUUCUUCCCACUCGAAGUCGCCUGUACUACAAGUCACCUACGGAAAGGGCAGCUACUCGAAGGGCGGCGGAGGUGCACAGUUCACUUCGCUUUGGAGCCCUCCGGGUGACGAGAAGCAAUAUCUAGUGUACUCGUACUUCCUACUACCUGAUGGGCUGUGCGACAACAAGAACUCACAAUUCGCUAUCAGUCAGGGCAUCUUGCAGUACCGCAACAGCGAUGAUGUUUAUAUCAGUGGCUUCUACUUCUCGUACGUCCUCUUUAUCCGCCAAUAUUUUGCUUCUGACUCAUCCUAUGCCACGCCGAAGGAAACGCACUCCUACUUCCGCAACAUUCAAAUGUGGGCGAGCACCAAGGCCGCCUAA